GGCCAGCUUCUGCUCUCUGACCAGCAGUGGAGCUGGGCUGCUUUCUGCUUCCAGCCCACGUCAGCCCCGUGUGCCCCAAUGUCCCCAUCGACGCGCACAGCCGUUGUUUCUAAUCCGGCCAGCUGAUCGAUGGACACCAGCGUGCAAUUAAUCGUGUGCUGCCGUGCUCUGUGCCCAUCCUCAUUGAUCCAGGGCAGUGAGCAGCGUCCUGUUCUCACUGCCUGCCCGCUCUGUAGCCCAGCAGAUAGCUUUAAAGGGAAGCAAUUUCAGAGAGCCUUGCGUUUCUUCGUUGCGGGGCUCCUUUGGCCAUGGGGCUCAAGGAGAAGCUGCGUCUGCCUGACCUGUCCUCUGCCAUGUUCUACUUGUGCUGUUUUGGUUCUCAUGCAGAUGGAGGGAGCGAGGAGCCGCCAGACCGAAGACAGGCAAGUGUAGACGCCCGGCAGAGCCGCUCUGGGCAAGGCACCUCCACAGAGAACGACUGUGCUUUCGAAGCAGACUACGCCAUCCCGCCGCUCCCCGUGACCGAAGGUAUGCAGCAGUUUCGGAUUAUGGAGGGCAUGUCCCGCUCCCUUCCAUCCUCCCCCUUACUCACACAUCAGUCUAUCAGUGUUCGGCUCCAACCCGUGAAGAAGUUGCCUGCCCCUCUGAGGAAAGCAAAGUUUGUUGAGAGCCCUCGCAUCCCCGAGUCCGAGCUUGGCUCACCAACACUCUCUUCAGCACAGAAACUGGACGUGGAUGCAUACUGCCCUGGUGACGCUGAGCAGGAGCUGGGACCCCCUCCAUCCGUAGAUGAGGCAGCAAAUACACUCAUGACUCGCCUGGGCUUCCUCCUGGGGGAGAAAGUCACGGAGGUACAGCCAGGGCCCCAGUACAGCAUGGAGGUGCAGGAUGAGAACCAGAGCUCGGCAGUGACGCAGCGCAUCAGCCCCUGCUCCACACUGACCAGCAGCACGGCCUCACCGCCCGCCAGCAGCCCCUGCUCCACCCUGCCACCCGUCAGCACCAACGUCCCUGCCAAGGACUGCAGCUACGGGGCCGUCACCAGCCCCACGUCCACGCUGGAGAGCAGAGACAGCGGCAUCAUAGGUGAGCAGGGCUGCGUGCCCUCCUGCUCUCCUCCUCCAAGCUUUGUUUUGAGCAGCGUGUGCACACCUUUGGCGAUGGGUGGGAGGUGUGAACCGCGGUCACCUUACAUCACUGGUAAACUGAUGUGGAGAUGGUGGGAGUCGCCAUGGUUGAGGUUGGUGAAGUGGAAGUCGUUUGGUGCAAAGUUCUGGGGUGUGUUUAAGUGGUAGAAGGCAAAGAGUGCG